CACACUCCUUCCUCGAAAAAUGUGGAUUCUUCCAAAAAUUGACAACCCACAGCUGCACGGCCAGCCGAAGACCAAGUUGUUCGUGUAAAGGCUUGUGGCUGCAAAUUUCCACUCACUUGUACAUGUACAUAGUGGCAUCUGCAUCAUUGUAGAAAAGCACAGUGCCAGUCAGAACGUCAGCAGACAAGAGUUGACAUCAACCAGGGAAGAAGUUGCCUUUCUCUAACAAGGAUGGCUCUGUCUGGGACCAAGGCCCUUCUGGUCUGGUCCCAGAGAGUGACAGAAGGCUACAAAGAUGUCAAUGUCACCAACAUGCAGAAAUCCUGGAAGGAUGGGCUGGCAUUCUGUGCCGUCCUGCACCACUUCCGACCAGAUCUUAUAGACUUUGAUUCUUUAUCCAAAGAGAACGUACGAGAAAAUAACAAGUUGGCUUUUGACGUCGCUGAGGAGGAACUGGGAAUUCCAGCCUUACUGGACCCUGAUGACAUGGCCACCAUGCAUGUACCAGACAAACUCAGCAUCAUGACCUACGUGUCACAGUACUACAGUUACUUCCGAGAUAAGAAGCCAAUUAAGGAUGUUGGAGGCCAGAAGACCAGAACACCAAGCAAGAGACCAGCUGGGGAGUCACCACUACAACACGUGCCAAACAAGCAGCCCACCCUGGGAGACACAUGCACAAUAUGUGGAAAGAAAGUCUACCUGGUGGAGCGCCAGGUGGCUGAUGGCAAGUUGUACCACCGGAACUGCUUCCGCUGCUCAAAGUGCAAAACCUCACUGCGGUCGGGCAACUACAAGGCCACCGCCAACCCAAAGCAGCUGGAAUGCCUGGACCAUGGCGACAACAUCUGGAAACUACGGUCCGACAUUGCCAGCCGGGCUUCCAAGGAGAAGAAGCAGGCCAGCAAUGGCGGGAGCAUAUGGGAGGCCAGGCCUGGCAUGAAGGCCAUGACCGACAGUGGUGGCAGCCUGUGGCAGAAGCAGUCGGAUGGAAAGCCACCAAUAAGAGAGAACGAUGGUGUGGCUGGUGUAUGGGAGGCGCGAUCCGGUUUGAAACCUGUGCCUAAAAACACUAGCACAGCUGGGGGCCUUUGGGAAAAGCAGUCAAAUGCAAAGUCAGAGCCAGAGAAGCCAGCCCUGCCGCCCCAGAAGCCCCAAGUGGCAGAUCUCCCACAGCCUUCCAAUAAGCCGGCCGUUCCAAUGCAUCCACACUUGAUAGCCAGCAAGGCAGCCCGAGAGAGGUUUAACAGCCCAGCAGCAACCCAAGAACCGAAACCAGUCCAACAGCCUUCCAGACCUAGCCUCGUCUCUCCGGAGAAGAACUUGAGCAGCGAUGCUGCUAAGACUGAGGCCACAAGGCAAGGCCUGCUGGCCUCACUUGCUGCAGUCAGGGGGAACCUGAAGCCAGGCACAGCAGCAUCAAAGGAUUACUUGCUAGAUGCCUUGGAAGGAGGCACAGGCCGAAAACUUGCCGUGGGAGAAGAGGACUCCAGAGAAGCCAGCCCAGCUGGUUCCAACUGGAGCUUACCAAGUGAUGCUAAGGAAGUUUCUAAGAGUCCCAGUAAGGAUGAAGAGACAAGCAUGGAAGUAUCAAAGGAGAGUGAAAAGGCUUCGCCCGAAACUGAUGAAAUAAAGACUGAAUCAGAACCUCUGAGUGUCGGUGCUCAUUCUAGAGACAGCGGACACACGUCCUCGGAUGUCUUCAGCUUGACGAGCAUCAGCUCCAUCAGCCAAAUCAACAACUCGGAAACUAGCAGUGUUGAUAUUGAUCAGCAGAGCUUUGCUAGUGGCAUAGAGCCAGGGAAACGUUCAUCUGCCUUGAGCAGAGAUAGUAUCAGCGACCAAGAGGGGGUCACAGCAGCCAACCUGAACCUGUCUGAUUCCUUCUGUGUGGAGUACAACACUACCAAAGCAGCAGAGCCUGCAAAUGAAACAGGCGAUCUGGAGGGGGAGCCAGAUGCUAGUGAAAUAGUCAUUGAAAAGCAAGAUGAGAAAGGUGUCAGGGAAGAAGAAAAGGCAGAGAGUCAAACCCCAAAGCCCAAAGUGGAUGACUAUGAUGAAAGUCUGAAUCCUUUUGGAGAUGAUGAUGAAGAAGAAGAGGAAGUCAAGGAAAGUAAGGAUGACGGUUACAAGAAUCCAUUUGACGAAUCUGGCUCUGAGGAUGAUGAUGCCUAUGAUGAUAAUCUCAAUCCCUUCGGAGAUGAUGACGAUGAGGAUCCUUCAUUAGGAUCCCCUAUUGCUCAGUGGCCCCCUCUUCCAGUUGGAGGCACAGGCAGCUCCAAGCCGGCAGAAAUCCCCAGUCAGCAGGGAUCGUACAAAGUGAAAACCAGGCAGGAGAUCCUGCAGGAGAUGCAGCGCGAUCGCCACACACUGAAGAGUCGUCAAAAACGCCCGGCUCCUCCCAGGCCAGAUGAUGCACCGCCCAGACCGACAGGAGCCCCACCCAGACCUACUGCACCACCUAAUCGACCUGGAUCGUCCAUCACCCAGGAAAAGGAUUCUCUCAGGCCUCCACCCAGAUCAAGAAAGAGCAGACCCGCCCCAAGUCCACCCAAGGAGAAUGGCAGACCACCAGAGGCUGCAGAUAACAAAUCACGUCCAGACAAACCACCUCCACCAGCCCCAGCCAGUAUUGACCAAAGAACAAACUCAGAUGCAAGUGCAAAACCAGUGCCAUCACCUCGUUUGAAGAAGAUCAUAACACCAGGCAAGGAACUUGAUGGUAGGAUUUCACCGGUUCCCUCCCCAAGGAGACAAUGCUCCACUGGAGCCAAGACCAAUGACGAGUCACCGGUACCAUCUCCAAGGAUGCGAAGAGGAACUGAUGAAUUGUUGGACAGGAAGCAGGUCAAGCCCCCAAGGCCGACCUCUGACCCAAUCAAGCCUCCAACAUUGUCUACACAAGGCUCCAGGAAGAGGGCUCCAGCACCCCCUCCGGUCAAGAGAGAGGUCGACAAGUAUCACGUUGACCCAGCCAUCAUCCAGAAAGAGCUGUGUGAGAUUGAGAUCAAACAGCGUGAGCUGGAAGCCAAGGGAAUCAAGAUAGAGCAGAGUCUACGAACACAUAUGGAAGGGCAUGAUCAAGACAAUGAAGAUCUUCUCAUUGAAUGGUUUGCGCUCGUCAACGAAAAGAACCAGCUGCUGAGAAGAGAAGGAGAGCUGGUUGCACAAUCCCAGAUGCAGGAUCUGGAGCUGCAACAGGCUGAGAUCGAGUAUGAGCUGCGUUGCUUGAUGCACAAGCAUGAGCACCAGAAGACGGAUGCCGACGUGGAACGGGAGGAGAAGCUCCUGGAGAUGCUGGUGGAGGCGGUCACCAAGCGCAGCCGCAUUGUGGAGCGGCUUGAGGAGGACCGGCGGCGGGAGGAGGCAGAGGACAAGGAGUUCCAGAGCAUGAUGGAGCAGAGCGUACCCAAAAAGGAAAAAGGAAAGAGCAAAAAAGGUUUCGACAAGAAAAACAUGGAGAAGAAGAAACAAAAGGUGAAAAAAGUCGUGAGUCUCCUAGGCAAAUAGCCUCACAUAAGUACUGCUCUAAAGCCUACAGCUUUCUGGAUUGAUAUUACAGAGUGCUUUGGUUUGCACACCCCUGCCCUGAACAAAUAUUAAAUAGUCUUGACGUAGAAAAGUCUUUUUGACUUAUGAUCUCAAUCUGAAAGUUCCAAAAAAAUUUUAAAUGUUUGUUAACUGCUGGUCUGAUUGAGUGAAGGUUAAUGACUGAAAUUAAUCUCUUUAAGUCCCUAAAUGUAGGUCAUGUAGGUGUGAGGUAAUUUUUUCUUUACAGGGAAAAAUCUGACAGGUUGAUGAAAAUCAGCCAUCAUCAAAAAUUAUUUGGAUACUCUUUUUCUUCAUGUACAUGUUGAAAUUCUUCAAUAUUUAUCCGCUGCCUGCAAUAUUUUAGGAGUCUUACAAAUCCAGUUGUGGAAGGGAUAGAUCCACAAGUGCAGGACCACAAAGCAACAAUCCUUAAGUGCUUCAUGUAAAGAGGUUUCCAUUUCAUUGAAAAACCCUCCCACUUUUGCAUUCUGCAUAAAUGCAUGCGUGGGUGUUUGGUGGGUCCGGACAAUGCAAAGGUAGAAGGGCUACUCUAGAGUAAAUGGGAACACAUGAAGAUUUACAUUUACAUGUACCAGGUAUGCAUGUUUAAAAGUGUUCAUUGGACUGAAAUUGUGCAGUACAACAGUUGCUGACUGCCUUGCACACACGUAUAUCAAUGAAACCAUUGUAAUAUUUCAUAGUUAUGAUAAAAGAUAACUUGGUGACCAAACCUAAGGUCAUCACAUUGUGUACUGUCCCAGGGUUUUUCAUUGCCUUGUAUAUUUUCCCCUUUUGUUUUUGUUGUAUACUUUUCUGUAAACAUGUAUGCGUUUGCCUGUUUGUGCACCUUUAGUUGUUUCUAUGUGAAUCAGUUUUUGUGUACUCGAUAGACAGCUCAAAAUAACUAAUAAUCAACAGUAACAUGUUUGUAGGGCAAAUCCAAAUAUUACAUUAUUGAGGUUAGGGUAGAUGAGACAAAGUACUUACUAGGAAAAAAUAGACAGUUAUGGUAAUUUUGUAAAAUAUUUAAAAUGAAUGUUUCAAGCAUUUACAUGAGUGGUGCUCAACAUUUUCAACAGUAUUGUUUUUAUAUCCAUGCUGACGAAAAAGGUGUGAUGCUGUGUACGACAGAAAUUAUUCAAAAGCAUUGCUUGUUUUGAGUAUGACCCAGGCAUGAAACUUUGCAAGAUACCAAAAAUUGGUUUGACCUUUUACAAAGUCUUUUUUUAGAAAUAGCACCAAGUUGGAUUUAUGUUGAAGACUGUUUUUAAUCCCGUCUGAGCUGUUGAGUGGAAAAACCUCUAAAACAAGUGAAAAGGGUAUUAAAGCAACUGCUGUUUACCCAAUGAGAAACCUAUUUUAACUCAAGCAAGAGCUGUUUACCCAAUGAGAAACUUAUUUUAACUCAAGCAAGAGCUGUUUACCCAAUGACAAACCUAUUUUGACUCAAGCAAGAGCUGUUAACCCAAUGAGAAACCUAUUUUAACUCAAGCAAGAGCUGUUUAUCGUAUUUAAUAUUUUUGUGCAUUGAAAUGUUAUUUAUCAGUGUCUGGCAUGUACACCACUCUUGAAAUGAAGCCAUUUUAUGGGUGGAGUCAUCAGUGUGAUGUUAAAAACCAAUGUUAGCACUUCUUGGAAUCUGAAGGGGGGAUUCUGUUUGCAGAGAUUUUUUCCAACUUCAGUGCAAAUAUCAGUCAACUGUGGUUGAAAGACGAAUACUACAUUUGAUAUAAUAGCCAGCCAGUGAGAUGUCUAAAAAUAGCCACAUGCAAACAUUUGGAACUGUGCAAAGCAUUUUUUUUAAUGAUGGCUUUGUUGUUCCAGUACAUGCAAGUGGAGAACAGGCUGGUCGAGGAAGUAUGAACAAGUAACCUUAAAUGUGUGCAGUAGUUCCAUGUAGCUCAUUAACAGCUAGUCAGUAAUAUAUUCUUGGUUUACAUACCUUUUUUGAUGUGAUGUUGCCCUUACUGUAGACUUGUGCAGUGGAAAGAGAACUGAGCAGCAUAAGGAUUUAUGUGUUUACAUGCACUGUAUUGUAUUGAAUUUCUGAAUGUGGUCGGUGUGUUGAUCCUUUCCAGGCAAUCCCCUGACUCAAGUCGAAAUCCAACCUAUCCUGACAUUUGGAUUGGGCUUUCAGUCCCUACUCAAUUCUAAGGAUAGCCCCCCCCCGGAUUUCCUCCCCUUGCUAAAACUGAAAUCUACAUGAUUUUGCCCUCUUGAGAACCGUCAGAUUUGUUUCCAGGAAUUCAAAUAAAUAAAUAAACGGAUGUGGUAUGCACUUUUGGGGUAGCAGAUUGCUAACAGCAAACGGUUAAUCUCAAAAUUGAUUUAUACAUGUCAUACUGACAAUUGUAAGUGGAAUUUGUUUUGCAGCAUUUCCUGCAUAUUCUGUCGCGUGUAAUGGCAACCUAAUUUAAAUGUUUUUUUACUUCCUGAAUGCUCCAAGUAAGCCCACAUUUUCACCUUGGUCUGCUAUGUGUAGAUGACUUUAGGGGCUUGAUGACAAAAAGUUGUGUUUGAAUUAGUAGCUUAAAGCAUGUCUGUUUCAAUUUUUCACAUUCAGAUUCAAAAGGAACAUUACACAAGACAACUUUGUAAUUUGGUCAAUCAGUGACCUACAGACAGUUUAUUGAUUGCCCGUUUUUCAUUUAUCCAUCUUUUUCAUUAAGUUUUAGUUAACUUCAAAGUUCUUUGUAUAUAUUAGAUUGCCAGAUGUAUAUAGCAUUAAAAAAACAUAUUUUUAUAUCUCACUUUGCGCAUUUGCUCAACCAAACUGCUAAUUUAGUUACUCGAUAACUUGCUAGUUUACUCACUGUUCAGUUAGUCGGUUUUUAGGGUCACUAAAACAGGGGACGGUCUUGGUCGUUAAUGCAACUACUGUAUGUAACCAAUGGCAAUAGUUGAGGGUGUGUGUUUAAUAUGCUUUGGGAGGUAUAAACUAAAGAUAAUUUGAAAUCAUUGAUGAGAACAGAAUAAAACGGAGACUCUUGAGCCAGAAAAGAUAAUGUCGGGAUUGUUACUAUCAAACAGUUUCUUGGCCAAUUUUCUCAAUGAGGUGAAGCCCAUAGUUUGUGAGAGAAACUUGCAUGUAGGUUCUAGGCAGACUAAAUCAGUUGUAGACCAAUGUACUCAGAGCAGUAUGUAGGGAGAGUAGUGCCAGCGUCAGACUUUGGAAAAACAUGGCUGUUCAUUAUAUGUGGAAAGUACAGCAUGCAGCUGUGGUGUGCUACAUUUUGCAAUUGUGCAUGGACGCAUAAUCCACCUUUUUGGUUCUAACAAUUGAGACUCCUGCCACAACUCUCCCUGAACAGGCUAUGAGUGUACACUCAGUCUUAUAGUUCUUUAACAUUUGGUAAGAUUACCACAUGCAAAGGUCCAAAAUUUGUUUAAAACAGUUUCAAUUAAAACUUAUGCUGAUUUUUUUUUAAAUACAGAAAGAUCCACCAUGAAUACUCGCUUGCUAUAGGUAUUUCCAUAGGGCCAGAUCCAAGCUGCAUUUGCUCCAGAAACACUGUAGUUUUGUGUUCUAGAUUUUAUUGACACCAAAUUUUCACGAGUCUUCCACCGUCUGUGUGACAUUGCUUCAAUUCUACAAAAACUUUUAACACAUUGACCAGCUGAAAUAGACAUCAGUUGUAUUCAAGUUUUUUCAAUUUGACACUUUUUGAGUUUGCACUUUCUCGUGCUGGUGGCAUCAACAGUUUUCACUUGUGCUUGAAACAUUAAUGCUUCAUAGAACAUGGUAAUGACUGAGAAAUGAGGGUUUUCAGAGCUGUUAUUUAAAAAAAAAAUCUAACUUACUUUUUCACCCCAUCAAACUUGAAAGCGAGGACAGUGAGAAUUUCAAUAGAGUUCCAAAACAAGUAGUCAUUGCUGUCAGGACAGUGGACUAAUAUCUGUAUUUUUUAAAUGUCACAUUUAAAAUACAUGUACGUGUAUGCGUGUAUCGUAUCGUGUUUCAUACUGUUUGUGACAUUUGCAAAUAAAAACUCAUUUAUUACCAACA